GCUUCUUCGCCGUGUAUAUAGCUAAUAACAGGUAUCGCACGGAACGUUGGUUUGGAAGUGGCUAUCUUGGGAAUCGUCGGAAUCGAUCGUAUUUGACGAGUACUAAUCCCGUACUUAGAUCACCAUUUGUUCACCGUUGACAGAGCAGAGCACAUUCAGGUAUAGGCGAUAAAGAGACAUUGUCAAGCGACGGAAGUGAGGCUACCGCGCUGCAGACGACGGCCUUCUCCAUAGUCCCCUCAACAUGCGCUGCACACGUGUUUUCUGAUCAUCAUGCCAUAGUUCUACCGAUCUUAAAGCCCUCAUCGAAAACACGCUGAUCACCACAUAAAUGCCCUUCGCAUAGAGUUGACAUUCUUUGCUUUCCCCUCCAGCUGGAGCUCGCCAGUCGUGUCAUCUGGCCACCCUCUCUCAUUCAAGUCGGCGAUCAUCAUUUAACACUAUUGUUCCCUUUGUUCUAUUAUGCCUGUAGCAACUAAUGUAUCCAUUCCACAGCCACGUUCCAUGGUCCGGCGCAAGCCAGCGCCAAGCAUUGUGCUAGAUGCACGCUAUCCCUGUCCUGACCCCGAUGACCCAUUCGCUCCCCUCUCCGUCCUUCGCACCAGAACUGCCAGCACCCUCGGCCUUCUCACAUUCACUGGUGACUCAACAUCACAACUUCCAACUCUUCCGUAUACCGGCGGCCCGUUUCCCCCUGAUCCAUAUCAAGCCACACCGCCGGCGAGCCCCGAUGUCACGGCUUCUCCUGACAAAAAACUCGAGUUCCUUACGACAUUCAGCACUAGAAGCAGCCUUGAUAUCGCACAAAACCUCAAUGACACCGCCGAGUCGGGUCGAUGGCCGCCGCAAUUUUCACGAUGUGAUUCGCCAAGCAUUCGUACUUUGCCGACUCCCCAGCGCAGGCGCUCUCGAUCAGCCGUCUCGCGAAAAGAAGCACGAGCUAACACGUGUCCCGUAUCACCCGGGACGUCACCGUACGGGCAUACAAAUCUGCAGGCAUAUGUGUUGGCUAGCUCCAGAUUUCCCUCUCCUACGCAUUCUUCUCAGCCUCUUCGGAUGCAGCACGUCGGUCAUGGAAGCGAGAGCUUGCUCCCCCUUGUUAUCCCGAUCACUCGGCAUGACUCGGCCCCAGUGCUAUCGCUCAUGUCUGCAACGAGUAGUAGUAGGGGGUCACCCGAGCCAACGCACACUUCGCGCUCUCGUGUGGGAAAGCUUGCGCGUUUUCUUCCUAGGAAAAGCCGUAGCGGUCUCAGUCUCGCUGAGUUUCCAAGUGAGACGGGGAACGCGAAACGCCAUCACCAUCAUCGCCCGUUCCCAUCCAUGACCGUUACUCUCGGGGGAAGUUCCGAGCGCUCAUCCAAAGAGAAACACGUUCCAGAAGAGAACACGUUUCGCCCGCGCCGUAAAUCAUCAAUGUCGAUGCUAUUUCCGGCGGUCGUUGCUGCGAACAUGCAAUCGCUUGAUGUAUCUUAUCCCUCCACAGCAACUUCUAUUUAUGACUCCCCUACAAGUGCUGAGCCUGGUUACAUGUCUGAACCCAGUAGCUCUACCUUGUAUUCCCCUUCCGGUAUCGCGUCUGGCACCUCUGAGCCAGCACCUCUCACUCCGAAGAAACCUAGACCUCAGACGAUGCAACUUCAGCAGCGACUUAUCGCUUCAAAUGAGCAUUCGCAUCCGCCAUGCAAAAAGUUGUCGUCGCGUCCCUCCACCGCUCCUUCCAACUUCGCACAUGUUUUCGACGAGAACGUCCUUCCAACAAAGAGGCAGCUGCUAGAUGCAGCGGCUUGUGUUGUUGUGGCUGAGAACGGCAUUAGGGUUCCAUUUGGCGACCUCUUCCGGGAUCAGAAGACAGUCGUUAUAUUUAUCAGACACUUUUGGUGUCCGCUGUGCCAAGACUAUAUGUUUUCAAUCACCAAUACUGUAGAUCCACAAGUUCUCAAGCAGUCAGGCGUAAACCUUGUCAUCAUCAGCAAUGGCUCGUACAACAUGAUCAAGUCUUACCGACAGAUCUUCAGGACGCCCUUUGCGGUGUAUACCGAUCCUUCUUCUCGUAUCUAUGGCAUUCUUGGGAUGACUAUGAAGUCGGUUGAGUCAAAAGCCGAACCACGUCGUAGUGGCUACGUCCGACAUAGUCGCGCGGGAGGCAUUGCUAUGGUGAUCGCAAACGUUCUACGUGUCGGCAUGCCUGUUUGGGAGAAAGCCGGCGAUCCCACUCAGCUUGGUGGCGAGUUCGUCCUCGGACCAGGAAUGACAGCAUCGUAUGCGCACCGAAUGCGAAGUCGUAGCUCGCAUGCGCCUAUCGUUCGGGUGCUCACAGCUGCAGGGGUGCAUGUUUAUCUCCAUAGUGAGAAGCCGAAACCAGUCGUCUCAUCCGAUCCCGCCGGCCGGGCCUCUCUCGUUCUUGAGGUGGAUGAGGAACAAUGGAUGGAAGAGCGACGCCAAAGUCUUGCCAGGAUCCGCGAGCGGAAACAGGCUCGGAGAUUAGAUCAGACAUGUUGCGAGUCACAUGACUCGAACUGACAGCAUUGUGGAGGAAGAUGAAGAGUAUGUUAUUCCGAUCCUGAGGUCAAAGGCUGGGGCCACCAUCGGCAGCCCUCUGAGAGGCGCUGAUGCUGAUGCGUCGAGCGAUUCUGCUGAGGACGACACCGAUGAUUCA